AUGGUGCGCACUCCGUGGAUCGGCGGCAACUGGAAGUGCAACGGCACUACUGGGUCCAUUACAGAUCUGUGUGCCCAGUUUGAGAAAGCCGAGUUCGAUCCGACGCAGAUUGAUGUUGUGAUUUUCCCGACGGCUCUCCACGCCGCGCUGGCCCGUGAAAAGCUUCCGGAGAAGUUCCACGUUGGUCUGCAGAACUGCUCGAAGACUCACAAUGGAGCCUUCACUGGCGAAAUCAGCGUUGAAAUGAUCAAGGACUUCGGUCUUCGUUGGGUCCUGACGGGCCACAGCGAGCGCAGACAGUAUUAUUGUGAGACCAACGAGGUUGUCGCGGACAAGGUGGACAUUAUUCUUCAGGACAAGGACCUCAAAGUCGUUCUGUGCGUUGGAGAACACCUGAGCGACCGCGAAUCUGGAAAGACCAACGACGUCGUCGACGCGCAGCUGGGGGCCUGCCUCUCCAAGAUCUCUGACUGGGAUCGCGUUGUCAUCGCCUACGAACCCGUCUGGGCUAUCGGCACCGGCAAGGUCGCGACUCCAGCGCAGGCCCAGGAGGUCCACGAGCACAUCCGUGGCUACCUGAAGUCCAAGGUCAACGCUGAGGUCGCCCAGAAGGUCCGCAUUGUGUAUGGCGGCAGUGUGAACGCGGCGAACAGCACCGAGCUUAUCCUGCAGCCCGAUGUCGAUGGUUUCUUGGUCGGUGGCGCCUCUCUGAAGAAGGACUUCAUCGAGGUCAUUGCCUCUGGCACCAAGAAGAACGAGUAA